UCCCCUGCACCCCGGCCGGCUUCUGGAAGAGGAAGGUCGGGGUCCCCGGGCCGUUGGAACAGGGACAGCGAUGGAGCCCGCAGCCCGCGGUGGAGCCCCGCCCUGAGCGACCCGCCGGCAGCCAUGCUGCCCCGAGGGCGCCCCCGGGCGCUGGGGGCCGCGGCGCUGCUGCUCCUGCUGCUUCUGAUCGGCUUCUUCCUGUUCGGCGGGGACGUGGAGUGUGAGCGCGGCGAGCGAGGAGGCGAGCGGAGGGGCCCGGGAUCCUUCCCCUGCCCACUGACGCCACGUGUCUCUGCAGACGGGCGGCAGCGGGGGGCUGCUGCCGUCGACGGAGACCCGUCUGCGGACCGCGGGGGCCGCAACCGCUCGGACUGCGUCCCGCCGCGGCCGCCGCUGCCCAAGUGCGAGCUCUUGCACGUGGCCAUCGUGUGUGCGGGACAUAACUCCAGCCGAGACCUGGUCACCCUGGUGAAAUCUGUGCUCUUCUACAGGAAAAAUCCACUGCACUUCCAUUUGGUGACUGAUGCCAUGGCCAGGAACAUUCUGGAGAUGCUCUUCCACACGUGGAUGGUGCCCGCUGUCCGGGUCAGCUUCUAUGACGCGGAGGAGCUCAAGCCCCAGGUCUCCUGGAUCCCCAACAAGCACUACUCUGGCCUGUACGGGCUAAUGAAGCUAGUGUUGCCUGCUGCCCUGCCCCCUGAGCUGGCCCGUGUCAUUGUCCUGGACACAGAUGUCACCUUCGCCUCUGAUAUCGCAGAGCUCUGGGCACUCUUUGCUCACUUUUCUGACGAGCAGGUGAUCGGUCUUGUGGAGAACCAGAGCGACUGGUACCUGGGCAACCUCUGGAGGAACCACAGGCCCUGGCCUGCCUUGGGCCGGGGAUUUAACACAGGCGUGAUCCUCCUGCGGCUGGACCGGCUCCGGCAGGCUGGCUGGGGGCAGAUGUGGAAGCUGACGGCCACUCGGGAGCUCCUCACCCUGCCCGCCACCUCCCUGGCAGACCAGGACAUCUUCAAUGCCGUAAUCAAGGAGCACCCAGGGUUGGUGCAGCCUCUGCCCUGCGUCUGGAACGUUCAGCUGUCAGACCACACGCUGGCUGAGCGCUGCUACUCGGAGGCGUCCGAUCUCAAGGUAAUCCACUGGAACUCACCCAAGAAGCUGCGCGUGAAGAACAAGCACGUGGAAUACUUCCGCAACCUCUACCUGACCUUCCUGGAGUAUGAUGGGAACCUGCUGCGGAGAGAGCUCUUUGGGUGCCCCAGCCCGCCCCCGGCUGAGGCCGAGCAGGUGCAGCGGGCCCUGGCACAACUGGACGAGGAAGACGCCUGCUUUGAGUUCCGGCAGCAGCGGCUCACUGUGCACCGCGUGCACGUCACCUUCCUGCCCCACGAACCGCCGCCCCCCCGGCCUCACGAUGUCACCCUGGUGGCUCAGCUCUCUAUGGACCGGCUGCAGAUGCUGGAAGCCCUGUGCCGGCACUGGCCGGGCCCCAUGAGCCUGGCCUUGUACCUCACAGACGCAGAGGCCCAGCAGUUCCUGCGUUUCGUCGAGGCCUCGGCAGUGCUCUCUGCCCGGCAGAACGUGGCCUACCACGUGGUGUACCGCGAGGGUCCCCUCUACCCCGUCAACCAGCUGCGGAACGUGGCCUUGGCCCAGGCCCUCACGCCUUACGUCUUCCUCAGCGACAUUGACUUCCUGCCUGCCUAUUCCCUCUACGACGACCUCAGGGCCUCCAUCGAGCAGCUGAAGCUGGGCAGCGAGCGGAGAGCGGCUCUGGUAGUGCCGGCGUUUGAGACCCUACACUACCGCUUCAGCUUCCCCAGUUCCAAGGCCGAAGUGCUGGCCUUGCUGGACUCCGGCUUGCUCUACACCUUCCGGUAG